AGAGAGAGAGAGAGAGAGAGAGAGAGAGAGAGAGAGAGAGAAAAAAGUGAGAGAGUGAGCAAGUUAGUGUUCGAAGGAAACACAAGCGGUUCAACGUAAAAAUUGCUUUCCAACAACUUGCUGCAGCUGACGAUUCUCUAGACUUCGACAGUUACUAUACAGUUCAUGCGGAGGGUGGAACCUUUUUUGUUUUGACCAGUUUAAUCCACGACUGAAUAACUCCUCAGCCAGCGAAUGUCAGCAUUUCUGGCAGAAACCAGGACCUGUGAGAGCCACACUGUUUGAAAGAAUAAGCAGGCAUCUAAAUUUAUAUUAAAAUGUCUUCUAAAGUGUCCAGUUCAAACAACAUAUCUCAAGCAAGGAGGACAGUCCAACAGUUAAGAAUAGAAGCCAGUAUCGAGAGAAUAAAGGUUUCAAAGGCGUCUGCAGACCUUAUGCACUACUGUGGGGAACAUGCCAAGUACGACCCCCUGCUAAUGGGUAUCCCAGCGUCAGAAAACCCCUUCAAGGACAAGAAGCCUUGUACUAUAUUAUAGUGGACAACUGAACGUCAUGCUUUUUAAUGUGGUGGCUUUUUUUAUAUAGACAGAAACCAGUUUAAAUCUCAUUUAUGUAGUCUUAAGGCCUCCUGAUAUGUACUCUGUUUUAAGGUACUUUUACAUGAUAAAUAACAAAUAUAUAUAUAUAUAUAUUUUCCUCUCUGUUUUAGUCAGUGUGGGGGGAGGGGGGGCACAAACCAAAACACUUUUUUUUUUUUUUUUGUGUGCCAGGUAACUAAAGAUGUUAUAGCAACAGUUAUCUGGGCUCUGUAUUGGCUUAUAACAAAGGGUUUGUGGUAUACAGUAUAUAUGUGUUCUGUCUGUUUGAGACCAAAGUUGCCUCAGAAGUAUCCUUUAUGUACAAUGAAGCAGGUUUUUAACCAGUACUUUUUGUAUAUGUGCUUCUUUUUUUUACUAGUCUCCUUUUUGCCAACUGUUCCUUUUAGUCAUUUAAAAAAUGUAUUUGGACAGGAGCAAUACGAAGUUCAGGAAACCUAUCCUUGCAUCCUAAAAUAUAUUUACAUUCUGUUGUAUUAAAGUGCUAAUUCUGUCACAUUUUUCUAAGAUUGUUCACAAUAUCCACGUUAUACAUUCACCACUGGAAUUGCAUGCUUUUGCAGUCUUAAGACUGGGGAGGGGGGGUGGGGGGGGGGGGGGUGUUAAAGGGAGCAGAAGCUUCCUGGGGUGUCCAAUACAAAGAGCAGGCAGCAUACUUAAGGAUGACAACUGUUUGUGUUUUGCAAAUCAGUUUUGUCCUUUUGCUCAAGUUGACUUCAUGAUGUUAAAGGUUGCUCGGUUAUUUUUUUAGUCCCAUAUUAAAAAGGUUAUAUUUGUCACUUGUAUUUUAUGGUACUGCCACAUAACGACACAAGUUAAUCUUGCAUGUUGUUCCUAAUGCCUAAAUGCCGGUAAAACCCUCUCUCUUUCUAAUAUAUUUACUGUAGAUUAAGUUGCCUGUUGCCCUUCUUUGUCCAACAAUGAAUAAACAUAUACAUUGUAAACAGAUACUGUGUCAUUCCAUAGAGGUUUAACGUUUGAUUCAUUGGAUAAGCCAUCGAUAUCCCUCUAGCACAAGACUCUGGGGUGAUCAGACCAAUGUUUUAUGAACAUAGUCAUCACAAAAAUCUUGGGUUUCCAUUAGUCUGGUAUUGAUGACUUAUUGGAGUAAAAAACAUGAUAUUUUUAUAAAAUGGUCCAAUAUAGAAAUAUUAUUGGUUAAUAACUUAGGAACUUAUGUUUUUAAAAUGAAAACUGGAAACCCAGAUAUUUUACCAUAAAUAUACUAUUACUGAGAGUGCUACAUCAGUAGGCAAGAGAGAAUGGGCAGAACUUCUUCACAUACGCAAACUACUCCUUACCUUGGAGGUAAAUAACGAGAAGACCCUCUCCUAGCAAUACUGUAGUAAAUGGCAAGAGGCAGCAGCAUUGCCGUGCAUGUAUCAUGGAAAUGCCUUCAAACAAACAAAAGGAAGGAUUUUUCUAUUGUAAUUUUUAAUUAUUCAACAACAGUAUUCCAUUUUGAGAUGAUGGAAAAUUAAUCUACAAUAUCAUUUUUUUUUUUUAAAUCUGUUUUGAUAGUUGUGAAUCUUAUGUGCCACAGUACAACCGGUAUCUUUGUGCCAGCAGCACUUCUCUAACCAGUAUUGGCCUUGUUAAAGUGUGUGUCUGUAGUAGAAUGCCAGAGAGAGAUGGAUAGAGCAGUGUCUUGUAACUGAAACACUUUAAACUCAUUACCAGGUCCACUCUUGUGAUUGCUCCCUAGCCAUAAAUGUGGUUUUGGCUAUGACGAAAAUGUGGGUUAAUAACACUAAAAAUGAAUCUUUAGAAGGAUUUGUUUUAGAUACAUGUUAUCAAAAUAUUAAAUUAUAUGAAGUGAUCUGGCCACUUUGAGCUGCUGUUCAUAUAGUCACAGCUCAAUAUGGGCAGCAAAUGUGUGUACUGUAGAGCCUCAAUUGUUCAUAAAUCAGACAUGCGCUAGAUCAGCACCCUGAACCACAUGGCAGCAGAACACUUCAAUGUAUGUUGCCAUAUUUAAUAGUGUUCAGUUUGUGGAUCUAGUAUGUGUCUACUAUUUGAAAUGUGGAUACAUGGUUCUCAUUGGCUCACCUAUUAAAAGCACUGCCCUCUGGGAGAGUCGUGCCAUGGUUUGAAUUGCAAAGGAUGGCAUUCCUUAAAUCAGCAGUGGCCUGCUCACUUUAUUAUUUGUUUCUCUUUGCAUGUGUAAUUGAAUGGUAGAGUGUCGACCCACAUUACUGUCAGUGGUAUUAUGUUGUAUAAAACUAGCUGUUCAGGUCAGUAAGCAACACUGGUAAAUCUAAAUGGCUAAAAUUUCUGCCAAAGGACUGCAACCCUUUAUUGAAUAUUCUUUGUGUAUGACAUGCAAUAAUGCAUAGAAAGGUUUUCUGCUUCUGAGUAUGUUAUGUAACAAGUAAUUAAUUUCCAAGUCCUAAAAACGGAGUGUCUAAAUUGAUUGAUUGAGAAGCAGUUAAUGCAAGUACUGUAUUAAUAGAAGUAGAUUAUCAGCCCAGUCCCCUUUCUAUUGGUUGGUUUGUCAAUAUACAAAAAGCAGGUUAUUUUAAUUCUAGAAAUAUAUCUAAACAAGGUGAACGGCCCAUUAAUGUACUGCAAAAGUAGGAAUGUGGAAACCUCUACAUGGCUGCUCGGAGUGUGACCAGCUGCCUCAAUGCAGCAUUCACUUUUAGAGUUUGGAGAGACACUUUUUAAUUCUGUCUUCUAAAUGUGUUCUCUGACAGUGUACUAGGAGGCCUGAUUUCUUGUAUUGUGUCUGCUUUCAUUCUGCUGUAUUUUUUAUAUUCCUUUACUUGAGCGUGUAACUCUGCCUACCUUAUCACAAUCAUGUUGCUGUAUUUAACAAUUUUAAAUUCAAAAGUACAUAACCAGUGAAACAUCUUGCUUUUUUACCAAGUAUGCUUGUGGGUUGUUUGUUUGUUUCUGCCAACAUACACGUUGUUUUUAUAUGCACAAUCUAACUGGAUUUAAGUUUCCUGUUUGAUGAAUCAAUUCUCUCCUCUGUCGUGCAAGUAGACCAGUCUGAACUGGGUGGAGUUUGGUAUGUAAUCUCUGUACAUCAUUAUUUUGAAUCUGAAUACAGAAUUCUAAAAGGAUCGAUUCCUUGUGCAUGUAAACAUACUAAUAGUGAGCAGUUAGAAAAAAAAAAUGUAUUCAUUCUAUCUACCUAUCUAUCAUUUUAAUUUGACAAAGAUGUAAACACAGAAACUGUACUUUUCAAAGUGCUGCACUGUUAAAUGUCAUGGGUGCAAUUACUCCACAUUCACUUCAAUAAACAUUGCCAGCA